AUUCUCAGCGUUCUCAUCUGUCUUCCUUCACCAUGAAGCUCAUGGACAAAUUCCACUCACCCAAAAUCAAGAGAACGCCAUCCAAGAAGGGAAAGCCAGCUGAGGUGUCCAUGAAGGUUCCAGAGAAGCCUGUGAACAAAGAGGCAACAGACAGAUUUCUGCCAGAGGGCUACCCUAUCCCCUUGGAUCUGGAGCAGCAGGCAGUAGAAUUUAUGUCCACCAGUGCUGUGGCUUCCAGGUCUCAGAGGCAGAAGAACCUGAGCUGGCUGGAAGAAAAAGAGAAGGAAGUUGUCAGUGCCUUGCGCUACUUUAAGACCAUUGUGGACAAAAUGGCCAUUGAUAAGAAGGUACUGGAGAUGCUUCCAGGGUCAGCCAGCAAGGUGCUGGAGGCCAUCUUGCCCCUAGUGCAGAGCGAUCCUCGAAUUCAGCACAGCUCAGCCCUCUCCUCCUGCUAUAGCCGCGUGUACCAAAGUCUCGCCAACCUCAUUCGUUGGUCUGACCAAGUGAUGCUGGAAGGUGUCAACUCAGAAGACAAGGAGAUGGUGACAACUGUGAAGGGGGUCAUCAAGGCGGUGCUGGACGGAGUGAAGGAACUGGUCAGACUCACCAUCGAGAAGCAGGGGCGACCAUCCCCAACGAGCCCUGUGAAACCCAGUUCCCCGGCCGGCAAACCUGACGGCCCGUCCGAGCUCCCCCUGACAGACCGCGAGAUGGAGAUCCUGAACAAGACAACUGGGAUGUCGCCAUCAGCGGAACUCCUCCCAGAUGCCGCAGAUGAAGAGGUCGCACCCCCCAAGCCCCCUCUGCCUGGCAUCCGGGUGGUUGACAAUAGUCCUCCACCAGCGUUGCCGCCCAAGAAGAGACAGUCAGCGCCGUCCCCUACCCGAGUGGCGGUAGUGGCCCCCAUGAGUCGAGCCACCAGUGGCUCCAGUUUACCUGUUGGAAUUAAUAGGCAGGAUUUUGACGUUGACUGUUACGCACAGAGGCGACUGUCGGGAGGCAGCCACUCAUAUGGCGGAGAGUCACCCCGCCUGUCCCCCUGCAGCAGCAUCGGCAAGCUCAGCAAGUCAGACGAGCAGCUGUCCUCCCUGGACAGGGACAGCGGGCAGUGCUCGCGGAACACAAGCUGUGAAACACUAGACCACUAUGAUCCCGACUAUGAAUUCCUCCAGCAAGACCUCUCCAAUGCAGACCAGAUACCUCAGCAAAUGGCCUGUAACCUUAGCCCGUUGCCAGAGUCCUUGGGGGAGUCUGGGUCUCCAUUUCUCAGCCAUCCCUUCCAGCUGUCUCUGGGCAGCUGUCCCCAGCCAGAGGGGCCCUUGGCCCCAGGGCAGCAGACAGACAUGCCGCCUGCUCUCCCCGAGAAGAAGCGCAGGAGCGCGGCCUCGCAGACCACGGACAGCUCUGGCUGCAGGGUGUCUUAUGAGCGGCACCCUUCGCAGUAUGACAACAUCUCCGAGGAUGACCUGCAGAACCCAGCCCCGAUCCAGUCCGUCCCCUACACGCCCUUUGCUGCUAUCCUCCCCUUUCAGCAAGGAGGCUCCUCAGCCCCUGUCGAAUUUGUGGGUGAUUUCACUGCUCCUGAAUCAACGGGUGACCCAGAAAAACCACCUCCUCUACCAGAGAAGAAAAACAAACACAUGCUGGCCUACAUGCAGCUGCUUGAGGACUACUCGGAACCACAGCCUUCCGUGUUCUACCAGACGCCACAGAACGAGCACAUCUACCAGCAGAAGAACCAGCUGCUCAUGGAAGUGUACGGCUUCAACGACUCCUUCAGCACAGCUGACCCCACACAGGAGCUGGCUCCGCCACCCGCCCUGCCCCCCAAGCAGCGUCAGCUGCAGGCCUCCUGUGCUGCUUCUUCCUUCUCCUCUGUCUCCUACUGUGUCCAGCAAACUAAAGUGGCCUUCACCCCCGAGGACGGCAGUGCCGCUCAGGGCCUCGGUGUGUCUGUCUCUAACUCCUUUCUCAGCCGGCACGGCAGCUUGCCCGUGCCCUCGUACAAGUCUGUGUUUAGGUCCUACUCCCAGGACUUCGUGCCUCACCACCAAGCUUCCGUUCCACCUUUCCUUCCGCCUACCUCCUCUUCCUCUCCACAUUUCCCACCUGUCUACCAGUCUCAGAGCUCCGACUUAGCGGAGCCCACCGUGGCCAGCCCACCUCCCAGCACCGUGGACGGGCCUCUCUCAUCUUCUCAGGAGAGCAGCUUUCAUGGGAAUACUGUCUGCCUUCCUUCUGAAACCUCUUUCACUGACUCGAGUGGAACCACCAGCGAGGAGGCUGGGGAGGGUGAAUACGUCAAUCUGUACUCCUCCAGCCAGAGCGGCACGGAGCCGGCUCCCCCUCGAGGAGAAUUACCGACUGGGAAAGAUGGACGUGCCAGAGAUCCCUCGGCAGCCAGCAGUGCCCCUGGGAAGGACAACAGGGAUGGCGGCGAGAGGACCCCAAAGUCACCAGAUGCUAUGGAGUCGGCUCAGUCAGAAGAGGAAGUGGACGAGCUGUCCCUCAUCGACCACAAUGAAAUCAUGGCCAGGCUGACGCUCAAGCAAGAGGGUGACGAUGGACCAGACGUCCGUGGAGGAUCUGGAGACAUCUUGCUGGUUCAUGCUACUGAGACGGACAGGAAAGACUUGGUGUUGUACUGCGAGGCCUUCCUGACCACCUACCGGACCUUCAUCACCCCUGAGGAGCUCAUCAAGAAGCUGCAAUACAGAUAUCCUUUCCUACCUGGGCCCUCUGGAGCAGGAGCAAGGGGCCUCCGGCCCGCUCAGCCCACACACAGCGAGCACACUGGGCAGCGGUGUGAUUGA